AUGGCACCCGCGUUAGGGAAACGCCUCGCCGUUGCGGGCAUCAUUGCCUUCUCGGCCCUCAUCGUCUACGUGUGGCAGAGCCAGCUGCUCCCCGACAUCGACAAGUUGCUGCCCAUCGUCCGUGCCAAACCGGGCGCAGGGCCGCCCGUUGCGGUGCCGCCCGUCGUUGCGCACAAGAAGAUUCGCUGCCCCCGCGGCUUCGGGGAAGGCCAGUCGGCCUCGUUCGAGAACAAGUCGUCCGCUCGCCCGCGGCAGCAUCAGCUCGUCACGGCGCCCAAGAUAAUCGCCCUCGUCUUCUUCGGCAGACGGGCUACCGUGUCCAUUCUCGACUGCUACCUGAAGCGCAACCUAGCGACGAACGGCGGUCUGCUGGACCAGGUGGUCUGGCUGCAGCGAACGAGCAACGCCGAGGACCUCGCGCUCCUGGACCGCCUGCUGAACAGCGAGCCGCAGUACGCCAGGCAGGUCGUCGACGACGCCGACGCACACGACUUUGCCAGCUCCUACGACGCCGUCGUCGACGCCAACAUGUACAUCAAGAUCGACGAUGAUGUCGUCAGUCGCAGCCAGCCCAUCGCCCUUCCCCUCCCCUCCCCGCGCUUUGUCCCGCCGGCUCACGCUCAGCAGGUCUUUAUCGAACAGGACGCCAUCCGCUCCGUCGUCUGCACCAAGCUCGCGCGGCCAGACUACUACGUCGUCUCUGCCAACGUCGUCAACCAACCCAUGAUCAGCUGGAUUCACUGGAACCUCGGCGCGGUGCGGCCCUACCUCCCCGGGGCCGGCGAGGAGUACCCCGCCCCCGAGCCCGGGCACCAGGUCGACUGGAGGGCAUCGGCGUUGCCCUCGUGGAACGGGUCGGGCGGCGUCGACAUCGACGCCAGCUCCUGGAACUCGCCGGACGGGAGGAAGCACCGCUGGCUGCCCGUGCGCGGCAGGCCCGACCACGUCCUGGAGAAGACGCCCAUCGUGGAGACGCAGUAUGACGCCUUCGGCACGGGGCUCCACAGGUGGCAGGUCGCCGCGCAGGAGCACUACAGCUUCUUCGAGAACCUCGAGUCGCGGGAGCUGUGGCGGUACAAGUUCAACACCUGGGACUUCCAGCGGCUCCGCAUGGGCAUCCAGUUCAUCGCCAUGAUGGGCCACGACAUCAACGCCGCCAAGCCCAUCGGCAGGGACGACGAGGAGCACUUCUCCGUCACCAUGCCCAAGAAGCUGGGCCGCAAUGCCGUCGCCGACGGCCGCGGCGUAGUCUCCCACUACAGCUUCGGGCCGCAGUCGAGAGAUGGCGGGUUGGACACGACCGACGUGUUGGAUCGUUAUCGUUCCUACGCCAAAGAGAAGGUCUGCAUGGGUCCCAUGCUAUGGUCUCCGUGA